UCAAUAUGGCGCAGAUAGUUGAGCUGUGUGUCGGUGUGUUGAUGUGAUUUAGUGAAUUUUUUUUUGUGAAAAAUGCCGAAAAAACGUGCUGUAAGUGAAUAAUUCUGCACUUAAUGGCAAGAUAAAUUGGCAUAUAUUUAAUUUCUGGUCAAAAAUUGCUAUUAUCUUAUUUAUUUCUUGGCGAUAUAUGUACAAAAUGGCUAGCAAGACGAAAGCCUAUACCUUUGACGAUGAUGAGGAUAUUGAUGAGUCGUCUGGGUCAGAUUUUGACGAUGAUGAAGAUCCAGACAAAAUUGAAGUUCCAGGUGGUGGAAAGGAUCUCGAGACAGCAGUGAUUUAUGCAAAAAACAGCCAAAAGGGUCAAAAUGAGAAUGCCACAGUUACAUCACAAUCCAAUGUGGCAUCUGCUGGUGGUACCAAGAUUAAGACAGAGAGCAAAGUUGGUGGAUCAAAGGGUGGAAGUACCCUUGGCUAUGAUAGCCUAAAGCAAAAUGCACCAGGAAUGCCCUUUGCCAUGGGUUCGAGUGGUAUGAUGGGUGGCAUGGGAUUGGGUGGAAUGUCCGGAUACUAUCCUGGAAGUAGCAUGGCAGCGUCACUGUUGGCGCAGAGUAAGUCCCAAAGUACAAAUAAAAUGGAAAUGGCAGGAUUUGGUUUUGGAGGAAUGGGUGUUGGGGCAUCAGCUUCUGGAACAAAUCCCAUGUCAAAUCUCAAUCAAUUUAUGCUACAAAACUUAAGCAAUCUCAUAGCGGCCAAUCCGAGUUUCCUCACCGGUGGUAUUCCUACAAAGCUUCUGUCGCAAAUGUGGACUCCGGAUCCAUCAAAGCAAAUGAAUCAAGUACCGGAGGAGGAAGAGGCCGAAGAUGAGGAAAUGGGUGUUGCAGAGACUUAUGCCGACUAUAUGCCAGCUAAAUUAAAACUGGGCAAGAAACAUCCUGAUCCCGUGGUUGAAACAGCAUCCCUGUCAUCAGUGGAACCGGCCGAUGUGUCGUACAAACUUUCCAUUCCUGAAGAUGUGAUUGAAGGUGGACUGUUGAGUGCACUGCAACUUGAAUCAAUUACGUAUGCGUCUCAGGCGCAUGCUCACAUCUUGCCGGAUGGUUCGAGGGCGGGCUUUUUGAUUGGUGAUGGUGCCGGUGUUGGCAAAGGUCGUACAAUUGCGGGCAUCAUUUUUGAAAAUUACCUUAAGGGUCGCAAGAGAUCACUAUGGAUAUCUGUGUCGAAUGAUCUCAAAUAUGAUGCAAUUCGUGAUCUCAAAGAUAUUGGGGCGCAUAGAAUUGAUGUACAUGCCCUCAAUAAGUUCAAAUAUGCCAAGAUAUCGUCAAGUGUGAACAAUAAUGUGAAGAAGGGUGUAAUUUUUAGUACAUAUUCAGCUCUCAUUGGUGAAUCCCAGAGUACUGGUGGCAAGUACAAGUCACGACUUAAGCAAUUGCUGCAUUGGUGUGGGGAGGAUUUCGAUGGGGUUAUUGUAUUUGAUGAGUGUCACAAGGCCAAGAAUCUCUGCCCCGUGGGAUCAAGUAAGCCCACCAAAACUGGUUUAACGGCUCUCGAACUGCAGAAUAAAUUGCCCAAAGCCAGGGUGGUUUAUGCAUCGGCCACAGGAGCCUCUGAGCCGAGAAAUAUGGCUUAUAUGGUGAGACUGGGAAUUUGGGGGGCAGGAACACCUUUUGCAUCCUUCAAUGACUUCAUAACGGCCGUGGAGAAGCGUGGAGUUGGCGCUAUGGAAGUCGUGGCAAUGGACAUGAAAUUGCGUGGAAUGUACAUUGCACGUCAGUUGAGCUUCCAUGGGGUCAGUUUCAAAAUUGAAGAAGUGGCUCUUUCGGAUGAAUUCAAGAAGGUGUACGAUCAAUCUGUAGAGUUGUGGGUGGAGGCUAUGCAAAAGUUCACAGAAGCAGCAGAAUUAAUUGAUGCUGAGAGUCGAAUGAAGAAGACAAUGUGGGGUCAAUUUUGGUCAGCACAUCAACGCUUUUUCAAGUAUCUCUGCAUAGCAUCGAAGGUGAAUCAUGCUGUUGUCGUGGCGCGAGAGGCUAUAAAAUAUGGAAAGUGUGUGGUAAUUGGAUUACAAUCGACUGGAGAAGCGCGAACAUUGGAGCAACUGGAGCGUGAUGAUGGUGAACUAUCGGACUUUGUGUCAACGGCCAAGGGUGUAUUCCAGUCACUGGUGGAGAAGCAUUUUCCAGCCCCAGAUAGAAGUCGCAUCCAGCGACUUUUGGGCAUUGAAGCUCCACCAAAAAGGACAACACUGCAGAUGAUCAUGGAGGAGGAACCACAGACAUCGACUGCAAGUGUGACCAAUAAGAGAAAGUCCUCCCGUCAGGCUGCUCAGAAAUCUAAACGUUCCCGCAAAAAUUCCUCAGAUGCAUCAGAUUCGGAUGCUGAUGCGUCCGAUGACUCUUUUAAGGUGUCCGGAAGUGAAUCUGAGGAGAGUGAACCACAAUCAGAUGACUAUCAGAGUUCUGAUUUUAAUCCAUUUGAAUCUGAUUCGGAUUCUGAUGCUGAUCCCUGGGUGGGACGACAGAAAAAGACCAAGAAGAAGGCACCAAAGGGGAGUCCCAAGAAGAAGCCAGUGACAACGCAAGAUAAGAUUCAGCAACUCCUGACGAAGAAGCAGACUGAACAGACGCCAGUUAUUCAUACGAAUGGAAUGAAGAUUCAUGGUGGACCUCCGCCAAAGGAUGCCAUCGAGAGGGCAUGUACCAUGAAGGAUGAAUUGCUGGAGAAGAUUGAGAGACUGGGAGAGGAUUUGCCGCCAAAUACGCUCGAUCAGUUGAUUGAUGAACUCGGUGGGCCGGAGAAUGUGGCGGAGAUGACGGGCCGGAAGGGUCGUGUGGUUCAGACGGAAGAUGGGCAAAUUCAGUAUGAGUCGCGAUCGGAGCAAGAUGUGCCCCUCGAGACGUUAAAUUUGACUGAAAAAGGACGUUUUAUGAAUGGCGAGAAGGAUGUGGCAAUUAUCUCAGAAGCCGCCUCGUCGGGUAUCUCGCUCCAGAGUGACCGUCGAGUGAGAAAUCAGAGACGACGUGUGCACAUCACACUAGAGCUGCCAUGGUCAGCAGAUAGGGCUAUUCAGCAAUUUGGCCGAACUCACCGAUCCAAUCAGGUCAAUGCCCCCGAAUAUAUUUUCCUCAUAUCGGAUCUGGCAGGAGAACGGCGUUUUGCCUCGACAGUGGCCAAGCGUCUUGAAUCCCUGGGUGCUCUGACACACGGUGAUCGUCGUGCCACGGAAACCAGAGAUCUCUCGCAGUUCAACAUUGACAACAAAUACGGGCGAAGUGCACUGGAGGCUGUCAUGAAGACCAUCAUGGGCUAUGAGCAGCCCGUGGUGCCUCCACCGGCUGACUACAAAGGGGAUUUCUUCAAAGAUAUUGCUGGGGCUCUCGUGGGGGUUGGUCUCAUUGUCAACAGUGAGGCUAUGCCGGGUAUUUUGAGCUUGGACAAGGACUACAACAAUAUCUCCAAGUUUCUCAACAGAAUUCUCGGGAUGCCCGUUGAACUGCAAAAUCGACUGUUUAAGUACUUCACGGAUACACUUGCAGCUAUUAUUACUCAAGCUAAGAAACUGGGAAGAUUUGAUCUUGGAAUUCUCGACUUGGGAGCUGCAGGUGAAAAUGUGACAAGGAUAAAACUGACUAAAUUCAUCCGACGACAUGCAACUGGAGUUGCUCCCACCGAAUUGCACACUGUGCACGUUGAACGUGGCAUGAUCUGGCAGGAGGCUAUUGACAAAUGGGCAGAUCUGGCUAGUGAGAAAGAGGGUUUCUACUUGUCGCAUCAGACACGAAAUGGCAAGCAGACAGCAAUUUUGGUGUGUUUUGUGGAGACUGCAGGGGUGAAGAAGAAGAAGGAUGAGAAGAAGAAAAAGGAUAUUUUGUGUCAGAUUUAUCGUCCCAACACUGGAUUGCAAUUUAGACAAGAGUCUCUGGCGGAGAUUGAGAAGAAGUAUAAGAAGGCAAGUAGUGAGGAGGCUGAACAGCAUUGGAUGCAGCAAUACGAUGCAUCAGUCAAUACAUGCUCUCAUGCCUAUUGGAGGGGCAAUUGCAGAAAUGUAUCCAUGGGACAGGAUUGUGAGGUUGGACUUCGUCGACGAACUUACACCGUUCUCGCAGGAUCUGUGCUGACGGUGUGGUCUCGUGUAGAGCACGUCCUAACAUCUCGUUCUGGUGCCAAUAACAAAAUGCAAGUGAUUCGGAUGAAGACAAAGGAAGGACAGAAGAUUGUGGGGACACUUAUUCCCAAGAACUGUGUCGAUAUUCUCGUGGAAGACUUGAAGCGUGAUGCUGAAAAAGUGGAAGAGCAGUCUUUCCAAAAUUAGGAUUUUCGCUAUAUAGACAAAAGAAAAACACACACACCUAAAGGUAUGUUGUUAUUCCCUGACAAAAAAAAUAUUAAACCAAAAAAACUCCUUUCGUUAUCUUAAAAAAAAACACAAAAAAGAUUGGCAAUUAUCUGCCCGAAAUUUAAAAUAAAAAAAUCGUCACUGUUCAUUACUACUUUAGGCAAAAAUAAACAUACUAAUGAAGUAAUUAACUAAAAAAAAAUGAAGAAAUAUAAUAACCAUACUAUCAGUUAGUGGAUAUAUAAUUUUAGAAUCUUAAGUUAAUGAAGAAAACUGUCCGCGAUUCUCUUGCGAUUUAAAAAAAAAAACAAGAAUAUUUUAGUUAAAAAGAAAAAAAAAUAUGUUUAAGUGAAGUAGGUUAUAGAAGGAUCUCCAUGUGAAAGGAAUCAAUAAAACUAGGUGUGUAUAUUAACACUACUUUUUAUAAUUUAUUUUAAAAUAAGUUACGUCCCGUACUUUAUAAAGUAGAAUAUAAUAUGAAGAAAAAAAAAAAGGAAAAAGAACAUUCUUGAACAUUUCUGCUACCUACAGAUAUAAAUUUAUGAAAUAUCAGCAAUUAAUGUCUAGAUAUAAUGCAAUCAUGAUAAAAUAGAGACAUGAAUAAAGUCUGUGAAAUGAAUAAAUUA